GAGUAUAAGAGAAUAGGAAAAGUGCCCAGUACCGCUCCUUUAGCAGCCUUGCUGGUGCUUGGUGAUCUACAUAACUUGUCCCAAAAAGAGAGAACUCUCCACUUGACCCAUGACCCUGGCCUAUUAAAUGGUUCACUGCACGCAAUCCUUACGUGAAAUAAGAAGAAUAUUCAAAAUUGAUUUGAAAUUCUCAUUUUUCUUUUUAUUUUCUCUUCUAAACUUACCAUUUGGCACUUGCCAUGGCAACUCUUUACAGCACCAUCACCACCCAUAAACUCUCUCCACACGCAAAACCCAUCACAGAAUCCAAGAAAACCAACUUCUCUCCAACUGUCUUCUCCACCCAACUCUUCACCAACAAGUCCAAGUCCAACCCACCAAAUAAUUUGAGCUUCUCAACCCAGAAAAGAAGGAACUGGGUCAUUGAGUCAGUCACAGAGGACAGAGAGGUGGUUCCAGUGAAGAAUAAACUUGCUGAGGACCAAGAAAGCCGCUUGUUGCUUAAUGGGUCUGACGAAUUUCAGCCUCUUUCUCCAUCUGAGGGAAGAGAAGAAGAACAGGGUGAUGAUGAUUUCGAUAGGUUGGUUAGUAAAGCUAUCAAUGCUACUAUUGUGCUUGGAUUUGGGACCUUUGCUGUCACCAAGUUGCUCACCAUUGACCUUGAUUACUGGCAUGGAUGGACCCUUUAUGAGAUACUGAGGUAUGCACCUGAACACAAUUGGAUUGCCUAUGAACAAGCUCUCAAAGCAAACCCUGUUUUAUCCAAAAUGGCGAUAAGUGGGAUUGUGUACUCUGUAGGAGAUUGGAUUGCCCAAUGUUAUGAAGGAAAGCCGCUUUUUGAGUUUGACCGGACACGCAUGUUUAGAUCAGGCUUAGUUGGGUUUACUCUCCAUGGAUCCCUUUCUCAUUAUUACUACCAAUUUUGUGAGGCUCUUUUUCCUUUCCAAGAUUGGUGGGUGGUCCCUGCUAAAGUUGCCUUUGACCAAACAGUGUGGGCGGCAAUUUGGAACAGCAUCUAUUUUGUGUUUUUGGGGUUCCUACGUUUUGAAUCCCCUACCAAUAUAUAUAAUGAACUAAAGACGACAUUUUGGCCCAUGCUGACUGCAGGGUGGAAGCUUUGGCCAUUUGCCCAUUUGAUAACCUAUGGUGUUAUCCCUGUUGAACAAAGGCUUCUCUGGGUGGACUGUGUGGAGCUCAUCUGGGUUACCAUACUCUCAACUUAUUCAAAUGAGAAAUCAGAAUCACGAAUAUCUGAAGUAUCAUCAAAAGCAAAUCCUACUUCUUCAUCAAGCAGUCCUCCUAAGGAGUAAAUGAAUAGGGUACACAUGGUAAACUGAGAACAAGGUUCAAUGGAGGUAAACUGAGAAGUGUUCAAUAGAAGUCACAAGGAGUGAUCAACCAUAUCGUACUUCUUACUUCUUGAAGCCUAUCAUCAUCAAUGGGAAACUGCAAAUUUAUGGACUCUCAUAAUCUGUAACCUGCCUCUACAGCUGCUGCAUACCCCUUUUAGUCAUUAUACAUCAAUAUUGUCUUUGUUUAUAGUUUUUUU